CUGGGUUUGAGAGAGAACCCAGAUCUGGGUUUGCAGAGUUAAGGGAAAAGGCAAGGUAAAGGAGAAAGAGUGAAAGAGGAAGACAAGAUGAAUCGGAUGAAAAAAUAUAUAUCAUUAAUUUUAAAUAAAUAAAAAAUGCCAACUCAUAAAAAAAAUUAGCCAACUAUGUUUUUUUUUUUUUCCAUGUCAUUGAUUAAAAAAGAAAAGAAUUGAUUUGCUGUCAUUUUAACGAGCCACUUGGCAUUUAACUGACGGAAGGACCAUUUUGGUACCAAAAAUGAAAGUUUAAGGAUAAUUUUGGUACUUUUUAAAGGUGAAGGACAAUUUUAGUACCAAAGUGAUAAGUUGAGGGACUAAAAUGUUUGGAUUCAUUCUUGAGUCUAACGAGAUUUAGACUAACCUACCUUUAUUCACACUGCGUCAGUUGGUAUCAGAGCAGGAACACAUAAUCUUGGUAUCAUGGCCGACGGGUUUGGAGGAAAUCAUCUUGAUGUCGUCGGAGAAGGGAUGAAGAUGGUUGCAGAUCUGGAGCGUCGAUUUGAAAGGUGGCUCACAAAGAUAAAAAGGAGUCUCGAUGAGAUCCAUGCAAGUUUGCGCACUCUUGCAGUGGAUCCCAAUAGGAGGCCGGAGGUGGCAAGGGAUGCUAACCAAGAUGUUGCUCGAGAGCGCCUUGUUGAUCAACAUCAUCCUAUUAAUUGGAGAUUACAUGCUUAUGACCAUUCGAGUGAUGAUGAUUUUUAUAUAGCCCAACAAGUGGUGAACCGUGGGAACCCAAGGAAUGCCAGGGGACGUGGACGCGGCUCUGUUAGAAGGUUCGGAAGUGGCCAUGGAGAAGGGUAUCGAGAGAAUCACUAUGAACCAGAAGACUUCCGUCUAAAGGUAGAUCUUCCUACUUUUGAUGAUUCUCUUGAUAUUUAGGGAGUUUUAGAUUGGUUGUGAGAAGUAGAUCGAUUCUUUGAUUACAUGGACACCCGAGAAGAGAAGAAAGUAAAGUUGGUAGCAUAUC